UUCUUCUUCUCUUGCCUAGCAUCCCAUUCGCAUCGCAUCUCCUCUUCUCUGCUCAUCCUUCUCCUGCUCCGCCGCCGCCGCCGAGCGAAUCUUGAGUCAGAGAGAUGGCGGACUCCCUGGACAUGUCCCUCGACGACCUCAUCUCCAAGAACAAGUCGUCCUCCUCCCAGUCCCAGAGCCGCCGUGGCCGCCGCAACCAAGCCUCGCCGUCGGCAACAGGCGGACCCGCACCCACGGGCCGCCGCUUCCAUGCCCGCGCCGCCACCGCGCCCUACCACCAACUCGCCUUCCACCACAACCAGGUGCCACCGGCUUAUGCGUAUGCUGCGGCCCAGGCCCAAGCGAUGCCCAUGCUGGCGCCGCCGCCGCCCUCCGGCGUGGAAACGGGCACCAAGCUCUACAUCUCCAACCUCGACUACAACGUCUCCAACGAGGACAUCAAGGAACUAUUUUCUGAGGUGGGCGAUCUCAAGCGUUACUCCAUUAACUAUGACAAGAGUGGAAGAUCAAAGGGAACUGCAGAAGUUGUAUUUGCAAGAAGAUCCGAUGCUCUAGCUGCUCUUAAGAGGUACAACAAUGUGCAGCUUGACGGUAAACCUAUGCAAAUCGAGGUCAUUGGAACAAACAUUGAGGCACCCGCUCCUGCUAUUUUCACUAUAAAUACACCAGCACUUGGAAUUGGAAGCUUCGAUUUUCCUUCCAAAAGUGAAAUUUGCAGUGUGCUUGGAAGGGGUGGUGGUCGAGGAUGGCCUCGGGGUGGAGGUGAGGGUGGUCGAGGAUGGCCUCGGGGCGAAAGUGAGGGUGGUCGAGGGUGGCCUCGCGGCGGAGGUGGAUUCGGCGGGCGUGGUCGAGGGGGGCGUGGAGCUGUUGGACGUGGGCAAGGUAGAGGAGGGCGUGGCAGUCAGCCAGUUUCUGCGGAUGAUCUGGACGCCGACUUGGACAAGUACCACUCUGAAGCGAUGCAGAUCAGUUAAAUUUCUCCUUCAUUCAGCACAGCCAGUCAUAGUCUUGUGUAGGGAUAGUAUAUUAGAAUGUGAUGAGUAUGACUUGUGAGCUUGUUUGGGACGGGGGUGGCGGGGGUAUUCAGUAGAUCCAUGAAACAUGUCUGUGUGAUGAUCGAUGAAGGUGGUGCGCUUGUGUUCCGUUGUAGCUCUAUCUGUGUUGAGAGAACAUAGAUUACAUGCCUGGACUGGGAUGAGAAUUUGUAAGGUGCAAUUGAUCAUGUAAGAUCAUUUCUCAAGUGUUAGAUUUAUCUUAAUCUUUCUUUGUUUGAACAA